AUGUCUUUAUCCAAGCUUGAGAAAGGAAGCGUUGAAUUCGCCGAAGAUGUUUCUUCAGACGUAUCACCAGGCCACAAUGAUGUCCUAGUUGAUUCUUCUGGGAUGAUCAGGCGCUUGCCUAUCCCAAGCAAGGACCCAAAUGACCCCUUGAACUUCUCCUUUGCAGCAAAGUUGGGAAUUAUCGUGAGUUGCUGCUGGUUUUCUAUGAUGUCCUUAUCCGUUACUGGUGGAUUAGGAUCUGUCUUGGGCGUCUUUGACGCGCUCUAUGCCCCGGAGGGAGUCAGUGCGACUGAAGUCGGCUGGCUUACAACCUUUCCUUCUUUGUUCAUAGGAAUCGGGAAUUACUUCAUCUUACCUCUUGGAUUAGCCUUUGGAAGACGCCCAGCCACACUAAUGGCCAUCAUAGUGCUUAUAGCAGCAACGAUUGGCUGUGGAUUCACCCAAACAUACGAUCAACAUCUCGCUUUGCGGAUCAUACAGGGCCUUGCGACUGGUGCUACGGAAUCGCUACUACCUCUUAUGUUGUCUGAAGUGACUUUCGUUCACCAGAGAGGAAAGAUAUUCGGGUUGUACUGGGGAACUCAGACUAUUGUGAGCAGCUGCAUGAACCUGGCCAGCUCUUAUGAGGUUGCUGCUCUAGGCUGGCGCUGGUACUACUGGAUAUUCGUCAUCACCAUCGGUCUUGGAGGAUUGGUCGCAUUCUUUGGAUGCUUUGAAACAGCCUAUCGUCGCUCCGCACAGGUAGUCAACGGGUCGGUCGUUGUUACCGAUAACUUUGGUGUCACGCGUAUCUUGUCAGGCGAAGAAGCUCAAGCGUAUCUCAGCUCCAAUACUACUGCUGAGAACGAUGGAGACAAUAUUCCAGAUGAGCUGAGACCCAAGAAGCCAUACAGAGAGAUGAUCAAACCAUGGAGUCAUACUGGAAACCCCCUUUUGGCUACUGUGCUGCAGACUUGGUUACAUAUGCUGCAGGCCUUGACAUCUCCCGGAAUCAUUUACGCCACACUUCUAUCAUCGGCUGUCCUAGCAGCUGCACUUGGAAUGUCCUUGACCUAUGACACAGUCCUCCAGGAUAACUAUGGAUGGCCCGCAGCAAAUGUCGGUCUGAUUAAUCUUGGGGGUGUAUUUGGCAGCCUCGGCGGUAUGCUCUAUGGAGGUAUUUUCGCAGACUGGUUCAUUAUUAAAAUGGCCAAGAGAAACAAUGGAGUCCAUACUCCCGAGCAUCGCCUCUUACUGCUUGUUUUCCCAGGUGUGCUCUGCGUGUUCUCGCUUUUGCUUUAUGGCUUUACUGCGAGCGGAAAUGUCACAUGGGGCGCCCCAUACAUGGCGUGGACACUAUUCGAAGUCGCAUUUGUUGCGGUACUUAUUAUUUCGACUGCCUUUGCUGCUGAAGCAUGGGACCAGAACGCCGGCCCUGCCUUGGUGAUCGUUGUUGGAACGAAGAACAUUAUAUCUUUCGGUAUAGCAUAUGCUCUCAUCCCCAUGGUUGAAAAAUACAGUUAUGGUGCUGGGAUGGGUAUGUUAGCGGGUGUUACCACCUUCAUCUUCAUACUGGGAAUCCCGGUAUAUAAAUUCAAUCCAAAGUGGCGUCGAUACAUGGAGAACAAGUCGAAGAAUUGA